AUUAUUGCAGUCGUCACAGUUCAGUGUUCUUAAUCUAUGCCUCCAUGUACACAUAUAUGUCCUUUAUUACACUCUAGUAAAUAGAGUAAACAUCGUUAAUAACUGUUUGCAUCCGGUUAUAUUAGUCUGAGCGCACUUUGAUGCUUCUCGAGCUAGCUUAGCCUGCUAGUUAGCUUAGCUUGUUAGCUGCUAACAAAGAGAGGCGGAAGUGAUCAAAACACAUCACUAAGUAAAGAUCAAGUGUGAGUGUAAAGUGUUGUGAUUGUGUGAAAAUGUGCCAAAGAACCACAGCAGAGUACGAGGAGGAACUUUAUCCAACAAAAGAGGAGAAGGAGCAACAACAUGAAAAACAUCAAGUUGUGUUACACAGAACAGACAUCCAUCAGCUGAUUGGACACCAAGAAGAAUGUCUCCCUCAUCUGCAGGGGGACAGUUUCACUGUAAAGUAUCCACAGCCCUCACAUUUUAAAGGGGACAAGGAGGUUCCACAGCCCUCUUAUUUCAAAGAGGAAGAGGGGGGAGAGUGUCCUGUAGGGCAGGAGGAGGCUGAUGUCAGCAAGUUUCCCCUGACUGUUGUCUCUGUGAAGACUGAAGAGCAUGAAGACAAACCACCUGAGUCCUCACAGCUUCAUCACAGUCCAAACAUCUGUGAAGAACAUCUUCACCCUGAGCAACAGAAGUGGAGCUUCAGGAUGCGGACAGAGGAGCCACAGCCCUCCCACAUUAAGAAGGAAGAGGAAUACCCACUGAUACUCCAUUUUAAAAAGGAAGAGGAGGACCCACUGACACCCCAUUUUAAAAAGGAAGUGGUGGAUCCACUGACUCCUCACUUUAAAGAGGAAGAGGAGGACCCAGUGACCCCUUACAUUAAAGAGGAAGAGGAGGAAGAGGGCAUCAGUCAGCCUAAAUGGUUGGAGGAGUUCCCAGUGACUGGUGUCCCUGUGAAGAGUGAAGAUGAUGAGGUGAAAGGUGAAAGUGAGGAGAGGGGAGGGGGGGAGCCUCCAAGCAGCAGCUCAACACAACACAUGACAACAGAAGCUGAUGGAGACCACUGUGGAGGAUCACAAGCAGACAAGCUCUUAGCUCCACUAUCAGAUAGUGAGGACACAACGUCACACUCUCCUGACACUGAUGAUGAAGACUCUAAAGAUGAUAAGACAUGUCACACUGACAACACUCACUUCACUUGUCCUCACUGUCACAAAACUUUUAAAUACCAUUGUCGUCUGAAAUCACACAUGAGAACACACACUGGAGAAAAACCUUUUUCUUGCUCAGAAUGUGGUAAAGGUUUUACACGAAGUCAACAUUUGAAAGUACACAUGAGAACACACACUGGAGAAAGACCUUUUUUAUGUUCAAUCUGUGGGAAAGUUUUUAUUCAAAGGUACUAUUUAAAAUCACACAUGAGUACACACACUGGAGGAAAACAUUGUUCCUGCUCAGAAUGUGGUAAAAAUUAUACUCAAAGCCAUAAUUUGAAAACACACAUGAGAAUAGACACUGGAGAAAAACCUUUUUCAUGUUCAAUCUGUGGUAAAAAUUUUACUCGAAGGCAAAAUUUUAAAACACACAUGACAAUACACACUGGAGAAAAACCUUUUUCAUGUUCAAUUUGUGUCAAAAAUUUUACUCAAAGGCAAUCUUUGAAAGUACAUAUGAGAUUACACAAUGGAGAAAAAAAAUGUUUCCUGCUCAGACUGUGGUAAAAGUAUCGUACUAAAUCAAAGUUUAAAAGUACAUAUGAGAACACACACUGGAGUAAAACGUUUUUCAUGUUCAAUCUGUGGUAAAAAUUUUACUCGAAGGCAAAAUUUUAAAACACACAUGACAAUACACACUGGAGAAAAAACCUUUUUCAUGUUCAAUUUGUGUUAAAAAUUUUACUCAAAGGCAAUCUUUGAAAGUACAUAUGAGAUUACCACUGGAGAAAAUAAAAUUUCCUGCUCAGAAUGUGGUAAAAGUUUUGUAAUAAAUCAAGGUUUAAAAGUACAUUUGAGAACACACACUGGAGAAAAACCUUUUUCAUGUUCAAUCUGCGGUAAAGAUUGUACUCAAAAGAAGCAUUUCAAAGCACACAUGACACUACACACUGGAGAAAAACCUUUUUCAUGUUCAAUCUUUGGUAAAAAAUCUAUUCGAAGGCAACAUUUAAAAACACACAUGAGAAUACACACUGGAGAAAAACCUUGUUCCUUCUCAUAAUGUGGUAAAAGUUUUGUCAUAAGACAAAGUUUAAAAGUAAAAAUGAGAACACACGCUGGUGAAAAACCUUUCAUAUGUUCAGUAUGUUGUAAAAGUUAUAUAGGACGACAAUUAAAAUUACACAUGAUAUAGCACUCUGGGGAAAAACCAUACUCCUGUUCAAGCUGCGAUAAAAGCUUUGGUCACCUAAACACUCUUACAGUGCAUAUGAGAACACACGCAGGUGAGAAAGUGCUGAGUUGCAGUGUGUGUGGUGAAAGAUUGUCUUCUAAGUACCAGUGUAAGAAACACAAGUGUGCUGGUGAGAACAGCAGCAGCAAAUGAAACUGCAGGAUUUGAAAUAAACUGUCCAGACUUUCAUUUUGACUUUCUAACAACAUCAGCACAUAUAACAUGUGUGACAUUGUUGUUUGUCUAACAAUCUGUUUAAUAUGCUUCUACAUUUAUAGAUUAGACACUUCAGAUUAGUGUGUUUAUUACAGUCAAGUACAUGAGUUAAUAUACACAUUUGUGUACUUUGAAAUGAACACAACAAUUUGACUGAAAGGGUGAGAAUAAACAGUACAUACAAUUAUGUUACAUACAAUAAACAUUUUAUGUGUAAAUAUCCAUAAUUUACCUCUAUACUUAUUCAUAAUAGUGUUUUAUAUGUGUUUUGAAAAAUGACGUGUUACAUAUUUUAUUUUGUAAUUGUAGAUGAUUCCAUAGAUGAACUCCUUUAUAUGAUGUACAUAUUUGUUUUACAUGUUUUCAUACCUUUGCUUUUGAGUACACAUAAAUCCCUCUUAGUUCAUAUUUACUGGUUCACAUCUGAAACAUCUUGUGGACCACUUCUGGAAGCAUAUUAUUAUUUACUUUAUACAUCAUUUGAACAGUUGUCUUUUAUACAAGAUCUUUUACUUUUAUAAUGUGUGAUUUUUUGAAUAAUUUGUUGGGUCUCUAUAAUCCAUUCUAUUAGUUGUCUUUAUUACUCUCUUGUGUAAUAUGAAUAUUGUGGUGUGAUUGUUUUAUAUGUAUGUCCCCAGACUUUUAUGCAAUAAACAAUGUAUGUUUCAACUGAA